AUGAAUGUUGCAAUUCUCAUUACUGGUAGCAGAGGAGAUGUUCAACCUUUUGUCGCCCUGGGAAAUGUCUUGCAGAAAGCGCCGUACAACCACCGUGUGAGGAUCUGUACGCAUCCUAACUUCAAGGACUUUGUCGAAGAGAACGGACUCGAGUUCCACUCCAUUGGCGGUGAUCCCGAGAAACUCAUGUCAUACAUGGUUCGUAACCCUGGUGUGAUUCCCAGCUUCGAGUCUAUGAAAGCUGGUGACGUUGGUGAUCGUCGUGAAGAGAUCGCAGAGAUGUUGGAAGGUUGCUGGAGAGCGUGUACACAAGCCGGAAAUGGAAUGGAUCCCAUCAAACUUCCGGCAACGAACAAAAUCAGCUCGGAGACUAUCAUGAAGCUACCGGAUCCUUUCGUCGCCGACGCCAUCAUCAGUAACCCACCUGCAUAUGCCAACAUCCAUAUCGCUGAGAAAUUGGCUGUACCGUUGCACAUGAUGUUCACCAUGCCCUGGAGCCCGACAACUGCAUUCGCUCAUCCUUUGGCUAACUUGGAUACCGACAAAGGAGACAGGAAGCUCGCAAACUAUCUUUCGUACUACAGCAUGGAACUACUCACAUCAGAAGGUCUGAUAGACUUGAUCAACGACUUCAGAGAGAAUACGCUAGCAUUGGACCCUCUACAUGCUGCCUGGGCUCAUCAGUUGCUGCCUCAAUUAAAGGUGCCAUUCACAUACUGCUGGUCACCCGCACUCAUCCCGAAACCAGAAGACUGGGGUUCGCAUAUCACAAUCAGUGGCUUCUUCUUCAUGGACCCCAAGAAAGACUUCAAGUUCGAUGACGAUCUCAAGAAGUUUUUGGACGCUGGCGAUCCUCCAGUUUACAUUGGAUUUGGCUCGAUCGUUGUUGACGAUCCGGAAGCAAUGACGAAUAUGAUUCUGGAUGCUGUAAAACAGCUCGGUAUCAGAGCUCUGGUAUCCAAAGGUUGGGGUGGCAUCGGUGGUGAAGACGUUCCUGAUAACGUUUUCCUGCUUGGUAAUGUCCCACACGAUCAACUCUUCCCUCACUGUUCAGCUGUAGUCCAUCACGGAGGUGCUGGAACCAAUGCGAUUGGUAUCAGUCUUGGAUGUCCCACUGUCGUUGUGCCUUUCUUUGGUGAUCAACCGUGGUGGGGAGAAAUGAUCCACCGAGCCGGCGCCGGACCGUCGCCUAUACCUUACAAGGAGCUGGACGCCGACAAGCUGGCCAACCAGAUUAGAGAAGCUCUGAAGCCCGAGACAAAAGAGCGCGCAAAAGAACUUGCCGCCAAGAUCAAGGAAGAAACUGGUGCAAAGACCGCCGCCAAAAUGUUCCACGAUACACAGCAGAUGAAAAAUAUUGGCUGUUUCUUGUGUCCUGAUCAAGUGGCGGUAUACCGCGUGAGAAGAACUAACGUCAGACUCAGCGCUCUUGCCGCUGGCAUCCUGGUCGACCAUGGCAAACUCGAGCCUCAGCAUCUCAAGCUGAUCCGGAAGAAGCGCUGGUAUGUCGAGAAAGGCGCCCAGGAACCUGUUAUUGGUAUCUUCGCUGCAAUCGAGACGACAGGAGUCGGAUACAAGAACUGCUUCAGUCGUUUGGGCAAGGAUCUACACUCUAACAAGGCGGAUAAGCCAGCGAACCACAUUAUGGUUGGCGAUGCUGAGGCUGCUGGAGAAGUACCAGGAGCCAUAAAAGCUAUCGGCAAGUUCGGUGGUUCCUUGGGCAUGAACACUCUGAGACUACCUGUGGACCUCCUGUAUAAUAUGGCCAAUGGCUUCCACAACUUCCCUUAUCAUUUCAUGGAUGAUGAUACUGUUCGAGUCCGCGGUGAGAUCAGCGGAGUCAUGUCGGGAACGAAAGUCGGCUUCCAGGAGCUCGUUUUCGGCUUCUACGACGCCUUUACAGGUAUCGUCACACAGCCUGUCCGGGGCUACAAGAGACAUAGCGACGAAGGAGUCGGAGCUAGGGUUUGGGGUGCUACCAAAGGAACUGGCAGAGGUCUGGUCGGGUUCGUCUCGAAAAGCUCGGCCGCGGCCCUGGGUGUCCCUGGCUACGGUUUCAAGGGACUCGAAAGAUCCGUUCGUAACGGCUGGAAGACACGCGACACUCCCAACGAAAACAGUCUAGCUCUCUUGGAUGCACUCCGAGGUAAAGGAGAACGUUCAGGAGACCGAGCACUAGGAAACGCAGCGUUAGCACUGGUUUCUAAUGCGCAGGGCAACAGUAUCAACCAACAGAUCAGAGGCAGAAGGGGUUGGCAGUGUUUCAUGGAGUUGCAACACCUUCGACAGAAUGAUGACAAAGCUUCGGUCAAGGAGGAAGAGGUGUUGCAAGGCUGGGACCACCUCAGGGUCCCGAAAGAGUUCACUCGUGUUGACGAUUGAAGUACGACAGACUAUGGUAUGAGUAGUGAUGGAUAUAAUUUGUAAUAAUAGUAAUGCAUGAUGAUCAACAUACGCCAGACGUUCCUGCCAUGAUAAUCCUAGAACCACGACUUCUGGC